UUGUCAUUACUUUUUCCAAUAUCUCUCUCUCUCUCUCUUAACCUUUCACACUCUUCUCACUCACACACUCAAAAAAAAACUCCACUCCUUUUCCUCUCUUUUCUGCAAAGAACCCAAAAAAGAAAAAAAAACCACAUAACAUUAAAUUAAAAAACACACUAUUUCAUUUUCUUCUUUCUCAACAUGAAUUAGGGUUUCAUUUUCACAUUCAUCAAUCACCUCCCAUUAUUACUUUUUACACCUCCACAACUACUUGUUCUUCAUUUUCUUCAGCAAAAUGAGUAAGCAAAUUUUGCUACUAGCUUUCAUUCUUCAUCUUCUCUUUGGAACAUUCUCAGUUUUAGUUUCAGUUUCAGCUGCACCAUCAACCACUUCACCUGCAAAACUUGUUUCUGGGUUUCUCUCCAAUGCUGUUCCUGCUUUUUCUAAAUGGGUUUGGUCACUUAAAGCUACCACCAAAACUGGGGUUUUGAGCAAAUCCAUGAUGAAAUUUGAGAGUGGUUACAAUGUGGAAACUGUGUUUGAUGGAAGUAAGCUUGGAAUUGAGCCUUAUGCUGUUGAGGUUUUGCAUAAUGGGGAGCUUCUUAUUCUUGAUUCUGCUAAUAGUAACCUUUACAGAAUCUCUUCAUCACUCUCUUUGUAUAGCAGACCGAAGCUGGUGGCUGGAUCAGCUGAAGGAUAUUCUGGACAUGUUGAUGGGAGGCUCAGGGAGGCUAGGAUGAACCAUCCAAAGGGGAUAACUGUUGAUGACCGAGGAAAUAUUUAUGUUGCAGAUACUGCAAAUAUGGCAAUUAGGAAAAUUAGUGAUUCGGGGGUCACAACAAUUGCUGGAGGAAAAUGGAGCCGUGGAGGGGGCCAUGUUGAUGGACCAAGUGAAGAAGCUAAAUUUUCUGAUGACUUUGAUGUGGUUUAUGUUGGAAGUAGUUGUUCCCUGCUUGUUGUAGACAGAGGAAACCAAGCCAUUAGGGAGAUCCAACUCCACUUUGAUGAUUGUGCAUAUCGAUAUGGCAGUGAUUUCCCUCUUGGAAUUGCGAUGCUUGUUGGGGCUGGUUUCUUUGGUUAUAUGCUGGCAUUGCUGCAGCGUAGGCUCGGUACAAUUGUAGAGUCUCAGGAUGCUCAGGUUCCACUAACAGUAAUGCCUUCUGUUUCUCGAAGUACAUAUCAAAAGCCCUUGAAAUCUGUCAGGCCUCCAUUGAUUCCAUCAGAAUAUGAACCCGAAAAGCAGGAAGAAAGUUUCUUUGGAUCUCUUGGGAAGCUUCUUGCGAAUGCUGGCUCGUCAAUGGUGGAGAUAAUGGGAGGAUUAUUUCCUGUUUUCAGAAGAAGACCACAGAGCUACCACCAAUUUCAAAGGCAAACACUGAUCCAACAAUCUCAGAAGCAAGUGAAUGAUUGGCCAGCACAGGAAAGUUUCGUGAUUCCUCGCGAAGAUGAACCACCGUCUAUCGACACAAGGGCGCCAACCCCUCGAAAAACCUAUCCUUUCAUGUCGAAAGAUGCAGAAAAAAUUCAACAGUUGCGGCAAAGUAAAGCAUUCUACAGUGGGUGGGAUGGAGAUCAACAUCAGCAACAACAACCACAACCACAACCACAACCACAACAACAACAGCAACAACAGCAGCAGCAGCAACAAAAACAUCAUUAUCGCCAUCAGUACCAAUCAUCGGUCCCUCACACUUUCUAUGAGCAGACCAAUGAGACAACCAAUGAGGUAGUUUUCGGGGCAGUGCAGGAACAGGAUGGGAAGAAGGAAUCUGUGGUCAUCACACCUGUUGAAUAUGGAGGCUCAUUGUACGAACAUCGCGAUUUUCGGUCUCGAAUGAGUUACAUGGGUUAUAAGUAUUGAGUAUAUAUAGUUAGUUAAUCUAGAACAAAUGAAAGACUCAUUCCAGCUUUGAUUUGGAGUGAGGAGGAUGAAAUCAAGUGUAGGUUGUACAAUGAUUUCUCCUGAUGAUCAUAAUAUGAAUUGUUUAUUCAGUUUUGCCAAAUAUAGAUUUCUCUGGCGUGUUGUCAAGAAA